UUGUGAAAUAAAACCCCUCCGAGAGCACGCAUCAAACCCUAAACCCCGCGUAUUUUUGCCUCUCUUCAUCCCCUUAAUCCGAGCCCCAACAAUGGCGGCAGCUUCUCUUGACGCACAGAAGGCCAAGGAAGUUCUACGCCAGGUGGAGUUCUAUUUCAGUGAUAGCAAUCUCCCGCGGGACAACUUCUUGAAGAAGGCCGUGCAGGAGAGUGAGGAUGGAUUGGUGAGCUUGGCCUUGAUCUGCUCGUUUGCACGGAUGAGGAAUCACCUUGGCUUGGGGAAUGUAAAGCCGGAGGAGGUGCCGGAGGAGACUGUGCAAGCCGUUGCUGAGACUUUGAGGAAGUCUGUUGCUUUGAAAGUAUCGGAGGAUGGGAAGAAGAUAGGCAGAAGUACUGAAUUGUUGAAGCCAGAAGAGGUCAUAGAGCAAGUAGAUUCUAGAACAAUUGCUGUAUCCCCUUUACCUUAUGAUGUUAAGCUUGAAGAUGUUGAGGCUUUCUUUGGAAAACUAGCAAAGAUAAACAGUGUCAGGCUGCCUCGUCAUGUCUCUGAAAAAAAGCAUUUCUGUGGCACUGCUUUGGUUGAAUUUUCUGUGGAAGAAGAUGCCAAGAAGGUUUUAGAGGACAACUUAGUUUAUGCUGGCAUAGAGCUAGAGAUAAAACCCAAAAAGGAAUUUGAUGCUGUAAGGGAAAAGCAGCAAGAGGAAUAUGAACAAUCAAGGUCUCUUAAGAAGGAUGGUUCAGAUGGAAGCUAUCCUAAAGGUUUAAUUGUUGCAUUUAAGUUGAAGAGUAUUCCUGGUGAAGGUUCUACUGAAGAAAAUUGUCAGGAGAAGGCUAAUGAAAGUGUAGUCCCUGAAAGAGAAACUGAGAAUGUCACUGCAAGUGCAACAGCUGAGGGUGAACCGAUGGCAUCUCACUCUUUGGAAGAUGCUGAAAAAAAUGUAGAAAAAGAUGGUAACUUACAGGAUUCUGAAAAUAAGGCAACAAAUGACGCUUCUAUGGAAAAUGAAGAUGAGGUUGGAAAGGAAGAGGACAAGAAGGAUUCAACAACUGUUAACAAGGAGAAUAUUGUGACACGUGAGGAUUUAAAGGAAAUCUUUAACAGAUUUGGAACUGUCAAGUUUGUGGACUUCAGAAUGGGGGAAGAAUCAGGAUAUAUCCGUUUUGAGGAUUCUGACUCAGCUGUAAAAGCCCGUGCAACAGCAGUACUAGUUGAAAGCGGCUUGACUGUGAAGAAUUGCACCGUUACCUUAGAAGCACUUACUGGUGAGGCUGAAAAGGAAUACUGGGACUUGCUCCGAGGAAAUCAGGAAAGGUUUAGGGGAAACAAAGGCGGCAGGGGAAGAGGUAGAGGAAAUAAGGGAGGUCGACCAUUCGAUGGCAAGCGCAAUAGGCAUGCGGAUUCACCUGCUUCAAGGCCAAGUAAGGUUCCUAAAGUCUAAGUCAUGAUACAACUUUCUGAACUGUGUUUUCCUCCCUGCAUGGUGCACCACAAAUGUUUUUGGCAUUUGUAGUCUGUGUUUGAUGCUUGGCAGUGAAAUCGCCCGAUUUUGGAUUUAGACAAUUUACAUGGGCAAUUUGAUCUUUCUCUUGUUACAGGACGGGGUUAUGUUAUAUAAUUAAUUAUUAAGCCUUGCUCACUAUGGCUUUUGAGUAUGAAAA